GUUUCAAGUUCCCCCCCUCGGCUGAAACCCUGCCUGAUUUGUGGGCAAUGUUGGGGAUGUAGAAAAAAAAGGAAACCGGAGCAAAGAGAGCGCGAGGGAGAGACAGGGAAGACAACACUGAGUGGGUAGCUAUGGAGAUAGGAGGUUUUACUGCUAGCUUUCUUUGACAGGUGUCGAGUGGGAUAAAAUAAAGUGUCAGAACAGACUCCAAGAUGUACGGCAAGGGUAAAGGAGCCGUGGUCCCCUCCGAUAGCCAAGCGAGAGAAAAGUUAGCGUUAUAUGUGUACGAGUACCUGCUACACGUGGGAGCACAGAAGUCAGCACAGACCUUCCUCUCUGAGAUUCGAUGGGAGAAGAAUAUUACAUUAGGGGAGCCUCCGGGAUUCCUCCAUUCAUGGUGGUGUGUAUUCUGGGAUUUGUAUUGUGCAGCUCCAGACCGAAGGGAGACCUGUGAGCACUCCAGCGAGGCCAAGGCCUUCCAUGACUAUAGCGCAGCGGCAGCGCCCAGCCCGGUGAUGGGCAACAUGCCCCCCAACGACGGCAUGCCAGGUGGUCCAAUGCCUCCGGGCUUCUUCCAGGGACCACCCGGCUCUCAGCAGUCCCCCCACGCACAGCCCCCCCCUCACAACCCCAGCAACCCCAUGAUGGGACCACACGGCCAGCCUUUCAUGUCACCUCGGUAUCCAGGUGGACCACGGCCCUCACUCCGAAUGCCAAAUCAGCCUCCUGGGGGAAUCCCUGGAUCUCAACCUCUCCUGCCAAACAGUUUGGAUCCGACAAGACCACAAGGACAUCCUAAUAUGGGUGGACCAAUGAGAAUGAACCCCCCUCGAGGAAUGGCCAUGGGCCCACAGAAUUAUGGAGGCAUGAGGCCACCUCCUAACUCCAUGGGGGGUCCAAUGCCAGGAAUGAACAUGGGUCCUGGGGGAAGGGGGCCGUGGCCAGGACCUAACGCUAACUCUAUAGCAUACUCCUCCUCAUCUCCAGGAAACUAUGUGGGUCCCCCAGGCGGAGGAGGACCACCUGGAACUCCCAUCAUGCCCAGCCCAGGUGAUUCAACAAACUCCAGUGAAAACAUUUAUACAAUGAUGAAUCCUAUUGGACCAGGAGGCAACAGGCCCAAUUUCCCGAUGGGACCGGGGCCUGAUGGGCCGAUGGGGGCGAUGGGAGCCAUGGAGCCCCACCACAUGAACGGGUCACUAGGGUCUGGGGACAUGGACGGGUUGCCAAAGAGUUCCCCUAAUAACAUGGGGGGCAUGAACAACCCUCCUGGAACGCCGAGAGAUGACGGCGAAAUGGGCGGGAACUUCUUGAACCCAUUCCAAAGCGAAAGUCAGCCUCCUGGGACCCCCCUUCAGCAUCAUGCCGGGACUCUAAUUAAGGCGGGCCCCCCUGGAGCGUACAAGAUGGCCGCCAGUGUGAACAGGAAGCAGGCAGGGAGCAACAGGAAGAGCCUCCUGUCGGACUCGGGCCCCAGCCUCCCCAGCUUCCUGUCGGGGUCUAGACAGUGAGCAGGUGGGGGGGAGGGGGCAAAGGGAUGGAUGGAGGGAAAAGAGGGUAACAGAGGAGACUGCACCCCCCAGCCCUCCCCUCAGGACCCGUUUAUCUGUUGGAGCGUCUUCGUCGCUGCCUGAACACUUCUCAACCACCACUCCGGACUUUUUCUUGAAUUUCUACUUUUUUCUUUUUUUUUUUUUUUUUUUGCGUCGCUGUUCCAGGUCGGACUAAGUGGCGACUCCAAUGAACAGACCCCCAAACCCCGCCCCCCACCCCGCCCCGCGUCAUUCUCUCUGUGUGUACAAUUUACCAGAGGUGUUGUGAUCAUCAUUUUUUUUCAUUUUUCGUGUAUGUAUUGUAUCAUUGCUAUUUUUAUUAUUGUUAUUAAUGCUAUUGUUCGGAUCAUUUUAAGGUUCGGUUCUAAUGUUUGUUUGGGUUUCUAAGGGCACAUUAUUAUGAAGAUGCCAUACAGUAUGUGCACACAAAUCACACCUGCUUCUGUGGAUGUCUGUUCAAAUGGGGAUUUAUGUGUGCAUACUGCCCCCUGCUGGCCCAGUCACAUAAACGUUUGAAUCCACACGGUACUGAUGGGUACGACACCACACACACACACACACACACACACACACACACACCUCAGGAUCAUGUCAUUAUGAGAACACUUCAACUAUUGGAACACAAGGAAAACCCAUCAGAAUAAGGAUCAAACCCAGAAAAAUGAGCUACAAUCCAACAGAGAAGUAGAAUCACUUAUGAACAGUUUUAUGGAAAAAUGAGAAUUUUGAGUUCCAUGUUGUGACACUAUGAGUGAUUAUAGGCUUCAGUUUCUCUUCAUUACAAGAUUCUGGUGUCAUAAAUGUAAGAUCUGAUCAUUACAGUUAGUUUUUUUCUCUCCAUGAUGAAACCAGACCGGUGUGAUUAUCAAGUGAAGCUCCAGAUGUCAUGUGACAUCAGUGGGUGGAGACUUGACCAGGGAUGGGAAUUGCAAACCGGUUCUUUUUGAGAACUGGAUUCUAGUAGUUUGAUUCCUUGGAAUCGUUUGCCUGCCUGCUUACCGAUUC